AUGAAUUCCAUCUUCUACAUUCUUGUUUUUGUCUUGUCAUUCUCUUCAUUCUCUUUUCUCGUCUCUCUUUAUUCUCUCUCUUUUCUCGUCUCUCUUUAUUCUCUCUCUUCUCUCGUCUCUCUUUAUUCUCUCUCUUCUCUCGUCUCUCUUUAUUCUCUCUCUUCUCUCGUCUCUCUUUAUUCUCUCUCUUCUCUCGUCUCUCUUUAUUCUCUCUCUUUUCUCGUCUCUCUUUAUUCUCUCUUUUCUCGUCUCUCUUUAUUCUCUCUUUGCUCGUCUCUCUUUAUUCUCUCUCUUCUCUCGUCUCACCUUCUCUCUCUUCUCUCUCUUUCUCUCUCUUCUCUCGUCUCUCUUUAUUCUCUCUCUUCUCUCGUCUCUCUUUAUUCUCUCUCUUUUCUCGUCUCUCUUUAUUCUCUCUCAUUCGUCUCUCUUCACCUCUCUUUUCUCUUCACUCUUCACCUCUCUUCACUCUUCACCUCUCUUCACUCUUCACCUCUCUUUUCACCUCUUUUCACCUCUCUUUUCUCUUCACUUCUCUCUUCUCUUUUCUCUUCCUUCUCAUCCUCCUCUCUUCACCUCUCUUUUCUCUUCACCUCUCUUCACCUCUCUUUUCUUUCUCUUUUUCUCUUCACCUCUCUUUUCUCUUCACCUCUUUUCUCUUUCACCUCUUUUCACCUCUCUUUUCUUCACUUCACUCGUCACCUCUCUUUUCUCUUCACUUCUCGUCACCUCUCUUCACCUCUCUUUUCUCUUCACUUCUCUUUUUCCUUCUUUCCCCCUCCCCUCUCUCCAUUCUUUCUUUUUCUCUCUCUGAUUUUCCUUUCAUUCUCUUUAUCUUUUUACCUUUUCUUUCACUUCCGUCUUCCCCCCUCUUUCUUUCUUUCUCCGUCUUCCCCCUCUUUUUUUUCCUUCCGUCUUCCCCCUCCUUUCUUUCACUUCCGUCUUCCCCUCCUUUCUUUCACUUCAUUCUUCCCCCUCCUUUCUCCCCUUCCCUCUAUCCUUUCCAUUUUCUCUCUAAUUUCUCCUUACUCCUUUCUUUCACUUCUGUCUUUCCCUCUUUUCUUCCUCUCCCUUUAUCCUUUUUUCUCUAAUUUCUCAUCAUCCCUUUCUUUAAUUUCUGUCUUCCCUUCCUUUCUCUUUCUAAUAUCUCUAUCCUUUCUUUUUUUUUUCUUUCUCCAUAUAUUUAUCCCUUUUCUUCACUUCUGUCUUCCUUUCCUCCUCUCUUCUAUUUUUCUCUCUAAUUUCUCCAUCUCCUUAUUUCUUUCUCUCUUCUUUUCUCCUCCUCCGCCCACUCCUACCUUGAUCUAUCCAAUUUGCACUCAUUACCUCUCUUUCUCACCAGUUAUUCUUUCUUUUGUUAAACUCCUUACUCUUUUCUCUAUCUAUUCUGCUCCCUCUCUUGCUAUCUCUCUUUUGUACUGCCAUUAUUUCUUUCUCUCUCACUUUGAUGAUUCUCUCUAUAAACAAAAGUUAACUUCACAUUAUUUCUCAUCAUUGUUUCUCACAUUACUUACUCUCACACUUAUUGCUCUCUCUCUCUCUCUCUACUUGGCUCUCUCUCUACUUCUAUUAGCUAUCCCACUCUCUUACAGGCUUGUUCUUUCUUUUUCAUUUUGUUCUCUCUUACUCAUUAAUUUCACUCUUUCUCCCUUUCAAUCUCUCAUUAUCACUUUCUCAUUCCCCUCUCUCACACUUAUUGCUCUCUCUCUCUCUUACUCUCUCUUCCUACUUGGUUCUCUCUCUUCACUUCUAUUAGCUAUCCCACUCUCUUACAGGCUUGUUUUUCCUUUUCAUUUUGUUCUCUCUUAUGCAUGUAAGUCUCUUUCCUGUUCAUUAUCACUUUUCCUCAUUCUUCUCUCUCUCACAUUUAUUGCUUUCUUUUUCUCUCUCUCUCUCUCUUGUUAUCAUUCUCUUGCUCUCUUUUGCAAGUCUUGCUCUCUCUCUCUCUUGACUCUCUUUACAUUUCUCCCUCUCUCUCGUAGGCUUGUCUUUUCCUUUUCUCUCUCCUCUCAUUACUUCUACAUUCUCUCUGCCUUGCUCAGAGCGAUAGAUUGA